AUGAGCAAGGUCCACCCUCCCGAACUGAAGAAAUUUAUGGACAAGAAGUUAUCAUUGAAGUUAAAUGGUGACAGACAUUUACAAGGAAUACUUCGGGGCUUUGAUCCCUUUAUGAAUCUUGUCAUUGAUGAGUGUGUGGAGAUGGCAACUAGUGGGCAACAGAAUAACAUCGACAUGGUAGUCAUACGAGGAAACAGCAUCAUCACGUUAGAAGCCUUGGAAGGAGUCUAA